GUUAGAGUUGUAAGAUGUGUCACGACAGAAUCAAUUAGUUGAAGAAGAAGAAUUGCGUCAAAAUGCCUGUUUUAUGGAAAAAAGUGCCAAAAAUAACUGUUAUAAAAUUUUUACUGAAAAAUAAAAGUUAUUGAGUACCUCAAUGAUUUCUAAUAUUGCUAUGUUUUAGACUAUCUCAAUCAUGCAAAAGUUCCAAAUACUAGUGUUUCAAAUGUGUAAUUAGGCAAUGUUUUACAAUAACCAUGUGUAAGAGUGCCAAAUGUUCAAAUUGUGAUUUUGUUUUGAAUGAAUGAAAAUAUUUAAUAGUAAUGAAAUUUGUUUAAAUACAGACUAUCAGUCGCACUUAUGAAACUGGACUGCUUAGAAGUUUGGACAAGUUGAGGCUAAAUGUCAUUAGCAAUCUAAGUGAAGUAGCAAAAAAAAUAAAAGGGCAACUGAGUGAAGAGGAAUUAAUAGCAUUCAAAAACACAGUUUUUGGAUGGAUGCUUGACAUUGAACAGAUGCCAAGGUUGAGUGGCCAGUUGUGCAUAGCACUUGCAGGGAGCUAUAUUGAGGAAUUUAACAACAUUGCUGAAACUAGUGUGAUAAGGUUUCACAUAGGAAGCAGUGUAAUAAGUUUUACCAGAUCAGAUAUGGCGUUGCUGCUAGGGCUGAAGGUUGGUGGUGACAGAACGAUAGGAAAUGUUCAGUUAUAAGGUGAUAUUCAGUUACAAGGAAAUUUCUGUAGAAGGCAUUUUGGAAAUAAGCAAGUAAUUACGAGACAAGAUGUGAUAAGUGCUCUGGAGGCUUAUAACCAUGGUGAUCCACACAUAGAAAAGGAAGAUGGUUUGAAGUUAGCACUGCUUUAUGUGCUAGUACAUGGUUUACUGGGACACCAAAUGUCUAGACCAUUACCAGCAAAGUACAUAAAGUUAGUACAUGAUAUUGAAGCCUUCAACGUAUAUCCUUGAGGGGAUGAUGUGUGGGAGGACUUGGUUACGAACGUCAAUAGAAGUGCACAGGCACUGAACGUGUGUGGAGGAAAUAGAGUUGCAUUCCCAGGAUGCAUGCAUGUACUUCAAAUCUGGGCUUUUGAAACAUUAUCGAUUUUAGCUAACACAGGGCUGUGCAGCAUUAUUGAAGGCAGAGAAAAUGUGAUCCCAAGAACACUGAAAUGGGCUUUCCAGAAAAAGCCAUUCAUGGAACUCUUCUGUGAUCUUAUAUUUGAUAAUGAUGAGUUUGAGUGGAAGAGCAUAGUGCCAACUGCACAAGAGAUGGAAAAUAUUCAAGGUGUUGCUGAAGCAAGGUUACUAGAUGAAGAACUAGGAUUACUGCAGGUGAUUAAAGCAGAUGGAAAAGAAAAGAGGAAGAAUGAACAAGUGGCAGCAAAGGGAAAUGGCAAACUGAGAACAAAAGAAGUUGUAGUUAACACCAAAAAGGGUAAGUUUGCAAGCAAAAAGGGGAAAACACAUAAAGACAAACCAGAGUGCAGCUCUAAAGCAAGUAAAGGGAAAGCAUCAAAGGAAACUGAUGAAGAUGAGAGUUAUGAGGAAAGUGAAGAAGAAACUUCCAAGAGGGGAGUGAAGAAAAUGAUGCUGAGGAGAUUUGACCACCAAGUAAAACAAAUAUUCAAGAUGAUGGCAGAGUUAAGGGAUUUGAAGAACAAGCAAAACAAUCUGGAGGUGAUGCUAACUAAGCUGAUUCAGUUGGUGAAGGAACUUUCAAAGAACGUGAAGAAGAUGAAUACAGAAGGAAAGGCAUCUAGAGCUGAAGAACUAAUGGAUGGCAACAAGGCUGGAAGUGAAAAGCAGACUGAAAGUAUCAACAACAAUGGACUUGAUGCAGAAGCAACAAAUGAAGAACCACCAAAACAACCACAAGUCCAGGAUGAAGCAACAGACAAUGUAGUCAUCCCCACACCUUGCAGUGGACCAGGUUUUAAAAUAUCAAAUAUGGAAGCAGAAACAGAAGAAAGUGGAAGCAGUGAGAAUGAAGGGGUCUUACAGCAAAAUAUUGAUUUGGACAAGAAUAAGAAUGGUGAACAGAUAGCCAUGGAUGGCAAUGGAAGUAAAAGCACUGUAGGAGAUACCCAAGAAGAGGUCCAGGAGAAGAUCAAUGAUAAGGAAGAAGAAGCAAGGUUGAACAGAAGUGGUUAUAAAGAAAAUGAAAAGACAAAAACUAACAGUGGAGCAGAAAAAAGGGAAAUGACAGAGAUGACGAAGAUGUUGAUACAGUUUGGAGUGAAGAAAAUACACAAUUCGUUAGAGAUUUGUGUAUGAAUGUAGACAUGAUUGAAAGACAGCUGUUUGGAGAAAACAAGGAACAUGUGAACCAAAAAGUUGGAAACAAAGUGCAGGAAACAUCUACACAAACUCAAAGAGCAAAGAGGACUGCCAAAUCUCCUGUCAGGUACACACCAGCAGGGCAGACAACUGACGAAAAAAGAAGAAGAAAGGAAAAGGCCAAAAAAAUAGCAGAAGAGCAAUUCUUACCACCACGUAAAGUGAUCUAUGGACCCUUCUCAGAAGACCCAACCGAUCCUAUUGAUGAACAACAAACCAGACUAUUCAGCGAUUACCUCCAGAUUGGGCUUCUGAAAGUUCCAAAGAAAGAAAAAGAUGAGACUAGAAGAUACAGGAAGGAUGAUGAAAGGUUGAUCACUAAACCGCUUGUUUUGGACAUGAUGAAGAUAGAGUCAAAAACUUGGUUGCAUGACCUGUGGUUAAACCAUCAAUGGCUAAAAGACACGAAGUCGGGAUGUACUAUCUGGAAAUGAAGAGAGUACACUUCAAGUUGAAGCAAAUGUUUUCAACCACAGAUCCAUUUUUUAUACAAAUUAUAAAGAAGGAGCAUGGCAUGAUCUUAGAUGGAAAGACCACACUCAAAGAAGCAGCAGACAAAGAAAGUCUGUCCCAAUACAUUCUAGGAACUGCAACAAACUUCUCCCUGCACUGGGCAGAUUGUGACUUCAUGUAUAUGCCAUUGAACACCGGAAGUCAUUGGGUGUUGUUGGUGUUUGUGGUCAAGGAAAGAAAGAUUAAAGUGUACAACUCAAACAAUAGAAGAAGUGACUCACUACGUGAUAUUCUGCAAUACUCAAAUUGUAUUACAAAAAAUGCUACCCAAAAUUCUCGAUUUCCACAAUGUCUAUGAAGCAAUUGAUGAAGAGCCAAUGGGAAAGAGAGAGAUUCUUAUUGAGGGUGUUGCAGACUGCCCACAACAAGACACAUCGGGAAAUUGUGGAAUGUAUUUACUCAAAAUUGCAGAAUUCUUGAUGAUGGAAAUGGACUUAUGCGAGCUGACAGCUGAUGGAAUGGGGAUGUUCAGAAAGAAGAUGGUGUUAGAGUUGAUUGAGUACAGCAAAAAAAGGUUGAGCGAGAAAAAAAAAAUAGAAAGAAAUAUGUAAAAUGGUGGGGUUAAGGAAUACUGUUUUUUGCUUAAAUGGAUAUGUAAUUGGGGUCGAGUGGGUAUGUUU